AUGCAACUGGAUUCGGAUGAAGUGUUGAACGGGAGCGGAGGAGCAUUGCUGGCGGUCGAUGUGGGCACCACAACCAUUCGGGCGUGCCUGUUCGACUCGUGCUGCCGCCUGAUGCGCCACGUCGAGGAGCCGGUGAGUUGCUUCGGUAAUUGUGCCGGCCUGCCUGUUGCUGCCGUAACGGUGCGUCUGUUCCAGAUCUGUGUGCAGUUCGGCGGUAGCAGCGAGGAGGGUAUUCGUGCCGAGAUUGACCCCGAUCUGCUGUGGAAGCAGUUCGUCUCGCUUGUCUCCCAGCUCCUGGAUGAAACGAGAGAGCGUGCGCACGGGGUGGCUGCUAUGGGUAUAUGUUGCCAGCGAAACACGUUCAUCUGCUGGGACAGAGAGAGUGGGAAGCCGUGCCAUAAUUUCAUCACGUGGAAGGACUCUCGGGCCCGCAAUGCAUGCCGAAUGUGGAACAAUUCGUGGACAGUCAAGAUGAUAAAUUUCAUUGGCUUCAUGAUGCAUAUGCUGACUCGUUCGGCUCGCUUCCGGGCUGCUCGAAUAUUCUCUUUUUUGAAUGCUAUGGUCACUCAUCGGCUGCUGGUCACAUUAGCUGAAGUAAGCCAACUGUAUUCCGAUUUGUGUGGACCACUGCAAAUUGUCAGUGCCGAUGUUUAG